UGGAGAAAGUAUUUGCUUAUAAACUUCUGAAGUAACACUGUGUGGGCAAACCAGCCAAGUUUCUGCUUGUGUUUGUUGAGCUCUUCAGUGCUUACCAAAAGCCUGUAGGUGAUGGGCAGGUCAGAAAGUCAGAUGGAUAUAACUGACCUCAGCCCCCCAAAGCCGAAGAAGCAACAGCGAUGGACUCCGCUGGAGAUCAGCCUCUCAGUCCUUGUCCUACUGCUCACAGUCAUCGCCGUGACCAUGAUCGCCCUCUAUGCAACCUACGACGAUGGUGUUUGCAAGUCAUCAGACUGCAUAAAAUCAGCUGCCCGGCUGAUCCAGAACAUGGACUCCAGUGCUGAACCCUGCACGGACUUUUUCAAAUACGCCUGUGGCGGCUGGCUGAAGCGCAACGUCAUCCCGGAGACCAGCUCCCGGUACAGCAACUUCGACAUCCUCAGAGACGAGCUCGAGGUCGUGCUCAAGGACGUCCUCCAGGACUCCAAGCCAGAAGACAUAGUGGCUGUGCAGAAAGCAAAAACCUUGUACAGGUCUUGCAUCAAUGAGUCUGCCAUCGACAGCCGAGGUGGACAGCCUCUGCUCAGACUGCUGCCGGAGAUACACGGGUGGCCCGCGGCCACUGAAAACUGGGACCAGACCUAUGGGAGUUCUUGGACAGCUGAGAAAGCUAUUGCACAACUGAAUUCCAAAUAUGGAAAGAAGGUCCUUAUCAAUUUCUUUGUUGGCACGGAUGACAAGAACUCUAACCAGCACAUCAUUCAUUUUGACCAGCCUCGACUCGGCCUUCCUUCCCGAGACUACUAUGAAUGCACUGGAAUUUAUAAGGAGGCUUGUACAGCCUAUGUGGAUUUCAUGAUUUCUGUGGCCAAACUGAUUCGUCAGGAGCAAGGAUUGCCUGUUGAUGAGAACCAGCUUGCUCUGGAGAUGAAUAAAGUUAUGGAACUGGAAAAAGAAAUUGCCAACGCUACAACUAAACCUGAAGAUCGAAAUGACCCAAUGCUCCUUUACAACAAAAUGACAGUGGCCCAGCUCCACAGGAACUUUUCACUAGAAAUCAACGGCAAGUCAUUCAGCUGGUCAAAUUUCACAAAUGAUAUCAUGUCGACUGUGAAUGUCACCAUCCCCAGUGAGGAAGAAGUGGUUGUUUAUGCUCCAGAAUAUUUAACCAAACUUAAGCCCAUUCUUACCAAAUAUUCCACCAGAGAUCUUCAAAAUUUAAUGGCCUGGAGGUUCAUAAUGGAUCUUGUAAGCAGCCUCAGCAGAACCUACAAGGAGUCCAGAAAUGCUUUCCGCAAGGCUCUGUACGGCACCACCUCGGAAACGGCGACCUGGCGGCGUUGUGCAAACUACGUCAAUGGAAACAUGGAGACCGCUGUGGGGAGGCUAUACGUGGAAGCCGCAUUUGCAGGGGACAGCAAGCACGUGGUUGAAGAUCUGAUUGCUCAGAUCCGAGAAGUUUUUAUUCAGACAUUGGAUGACCUCACAUGGAUGGAUGCAGAAACCAAGAAGAAAGCUGAAGAGAAGGCUCUAGCAAUUAAGGAAAGGAUCGGCUAUCCCGAUGACAUUAUUUCAAAUGACAACAAGCUGAACAAUGAGUACUUAGAGCUGAACUAUCAAGAAGAUGAAUACUUUGAGAACAUAAUUCAGAAUUUGAGAUUCAGCCAAAGUAAACAACUGAAGAAGCUCCGAGAGAAAGUGGACAAGGACGAGUGGAUCAGCGGAGCCGCCGUGGUCAACGCCUUUUAUUCUUCAGGCAGAAAUCAGAUAGUCUUCCCAGCUGGCAUCCUGCAGCCACCCUUCUUCAGCGCCCAGCAGUCCAACUCCCUCAACUACGGGGGCAUCGGUAUGGUCAUCGGACACGAAAUCACCCAUGGCUUUGAUGACAAUGGUAGAAACUUUAACAAGGAUGGAGACCUCGUGGAUUGGUGGACACAGCAGUCAGCCGACAACUUCAAGGCACAGUCGCAGUGCAUGGUGUACCAGUACGGGAACUUCACCUGGGACCUGGCGGGCGGGCAGCACCUCAAUGGACUUAACACACUGGGGGAAAACAUCGCAGAUAACGGAGGCCUGGGCCAGGCGUACAGGGCCUAUCAGAAUUACGUUAAAAAGAACGGCGAAGAGAAACUCCUUCCUGGGCUUGACCUUAAUCACAAACAACUGUUCUUCCUGAACUUCGCCCAGGUGUGGUGUGGCACCUACCGGCCGGAGUAUGCACUCAACUCCAUUAAGACAGACGUGCACAGUCCAGGCAACUUCAGGAUCAUUGGGACUCUACAGAACUCCGCUGAGUUUGCCGAAGCCUUCCACUGCCGCAAGAAUUCCUACAUGAACCCAGAGAGGAAGUGCCGUGUGUGGUGAGCGUGCCUGAAGCCCCUGGCACAGACUGGCCAAUCCCGCAGGCCUGCAACUCUCCAAGCCCCAACACAGACCUGGCGGUCACUGGAGGGACUCGAGGGGGGGGAGAGUGCGUCGUGGAAGGAGACACGAUGACACAAAUGGAAUUUGGUUAUUCUGGCACAAGUACGGAAGGAGGGGACUCUGAUACCAUCCAGUCCGUCCCCCGGCCCUGCCCAGCUCUGAGCUCACAUAUGUCUUACCACACUCCUACCACUCAGUCUGCCAUCUUUUAUUUUCAGCAAUCUUGGGGGCAAAAAUGAGUAUCUAAGACUGUUCUUUUUUCUUGUAUCUGCUUUACUGAUUGAGACUCUUGAAGCUCCUGCAAUUUUCUAAACAACUUCUUGUUCUCUCUCUCUCUCUCUCUCUCUCUCUCUCUCUGUCUUUCAGAACUUGGUCUUUUUAAAGGGAUUUGUAGUAAUGUAUAAAAUAAUAAUUUUUAUAUUUAAUUAUCAACUACAUUAUGACUAAGGAACUGUUACUAUAAUCAAUGAUGAUUGAAGUUUCAGACCAAACAAUUGUGAACCAAGAUCUGUAAAAUGGCAUACAGAUGAAAAUUUGAGACUAUUUAAACUUAUAAAUCAUAUUGAUGAAAAGCUUUAAGCACAAACUUAGAAAAGUUUUCUAGAGAUGUACAAUAUUUGGGGUGACAAGGAAGAUUUUCAAGCUGAAGUCUGUCCUACAGCGGCUGCGUCGCUCUGUGUUUCCACACCCUCUCGGGCUACUACCUGACAAAACUAUUUUGAUAAUAAAUAAAUUCAAGUCGUGAGCCUUCACUCACAA